CGCGCGCCGCUUCCUUGUUCCAUCACUCUCGGCGGCAGCAUCUAGGCAAGCGCAGCCCCCACGGCUCGGGAGAGCACGAUGCGCAGCUCCGAGGAGGUGGCGACGGCGGUGGGUUCAGGCGCGCCAAGUUCUUCCGGGGAGCCCUCCGGCGGCGCAGGAUCGGAGGCGGCGGCGGAGGGUUCAGGCGAACCGGGAUCUUCCCCGGAGCCCCCAGGCGGUGCAGUCUCGUCGGGAUGCGAGGUAGGCUCGCGGCCGCACGACGCGGAGGGACACGGGGGCGCGGCGGUGCGGGUCACGGUCACGCCGAUGCAGCGGUCUCCGCCUCCGGAUGCAUCGGCGGCGAAUGGGGUGGGAGCGGGGACUUUGGCGGCACCCACGGCACCGGAGGUGAGAGCAGAGAGUGUGAUGGCAUCGGCGGCGCCUGAGGUGAGAGCGGCGAGUGCGGAGCCAUCGGCCGCGCCUGACGUGAGAUCAGUGGAGAAUUGGCCUGCAACUGCGCCCGCGCACCCGCCACCGGGGCCGAGGCCGAGGCGGCGGUCGUGGUCGGGGAUCCCGUGGACGAGGCUCGUGCUCGGAGGCAUGCUAGUGGUGGCGGUCGGCUAUGCCUUCUACAAAUGGGGGCUGCCCCUUUUAUCAGACAAGGUGCUCUUGCCGAUCAUGCGAUGGGAGGCGACAUCUUUCGGGCGCCCCGUGCUGGCCAUUGUGCUGGUCAUUUCCAUGUCCGUCUUCCCCACCGUGUUCCUUCCAUCGGCCCCGUCCAUGUGGUUGACAGGGAUAGUAUUCGGCUACGGCCUGGGCCUCUUGAUCAUCCUGGUCGGCACCGGCAUAGGCAUGUCCAUACCGUUCGGGAUCGGCUCGCUGUUCCUUCACCGUAUUCACGGAUGGUUGGAGAAGAAAUGGCCUCAGCAGAUUGCGCUGAUCAAGCUGGCUGGCAGAGGGGGCUGGUUCCAGCAGUUCCGGAUGGUCGCGCUGCUACGGAUCUCGCCGUUCCCGUAUGUGAUGCUAAACUAUGUUGCAGCCGUCACCCAGAUCAAGUUCACCCCUUACAUUUGUGGCUCGGUUGUCGGAAUGGUACCUGACGCGUUGGUCAACAUCUACAGUGGCCGGCUGAUUCUCGCGCUGGCGGACCUGAAGUACGAGAGGCGUCGGAUGACAGCAGUGGAGAUAGUGUACAACGUCAUCUCUGCCAUCGUCGCCGUUCUUAUCGGGGUUGGGUUUACGGUCUACGCGAGAAGAGCCUUGGACGGCAUACAGAGCGCGGAAGGCGCGCAGCAACCCGAACCCGCUGUCGUCCCUGCCGUCCCGGCAUCGGAACUCGGUGGUGAUCGCCGGAGAAGUUCUAGCUCUGUACCAGCUGAUGUUGUGUAGGGGCAUACCGGCAAGCAUUGGAUUCUUCUUUAACUGGAUGAAGAACUGCAAUUGCUUCAAAGAUCCACCCAAGAUUUACAGAAUGUUGUGCACUCUGCUGAGGCACUUGUGUUGGUUGGGUGUGAAAGGUCAAGACUUCGUCGGUUCUUCUAACCUGGGACAAUGUGGAUUUAGUACCUGACUCUGACUGGCUUUAUUUAGUUGGAAAGACAAAACAUGACGACGGUCGCGAUAGCUUCUCAUAAGCAUUUCUUCCAUUUUGUGUAUAUUACAGCUAGUUAGAAAGAUCUGUUUCUUGGGAAAUAACAGAGGAGUCUUAAUUGGAUUAGUAAAGAAAG